AUGGCUAAGGCAGCUAAGAAGAAGUAUUCUGGUGCGCCAACUACCAACAAACAAGUGGCAGCUGAAAAGCAUUUAAGUUCAGUAUUCAAAUUUAAUACUGAUCUAGGUCAGCAUAUAUUGAAGAAUCCUUUGGUGGCACAAGGUAUUGUCGAUAAGGCUCAAAUUAAGCCAUCUGAUAUAGUCUUAGAAGUUGGUCCAGGUACUGGUAAUUUAACGGUAAGAAUUCUUGAGCAGGCCAGAAAAGUUGUAGCAGUGGAAAUGGAUCCCAGAAUGGCUGCAGAAUUGACUAAGCGUGUUCAUGGGACUCCUAGUGAGAAGAAAUUGGAGAUUCUAUUAGGUGAUUUCAUGAAGACAGAUUUGCCCUAUUUUGAUAUUUGUAUCAGUAAUACUCCAUAUCAAAUUUCGUCACCUUUAGUUUUCAAAUUGAUUAAUCAACCAAGACCCCCCAGAGUAUCCAUUUUAAUGUUUCAAAGAGAAUUUGCUAUGAGAUUGUUGGCUAGACCUGGUGAUUCAUUAUAUUGUAGACUGUCAGCCAAUGUACAAAUGUGGGCUAAUGUGACUCAUAUUAUGAAAGUGGGAAGAAAUAAUUUCAGACCACCACCACAAGUUGAAUCCAGUGUUGUCAGGAUUGAAAUUAAGACACCAAGGCCACAAGUUGAUUUUAAUGAAUGGGAUGGGUUAUUAAGAAUUGUAUUUGUUAGGAAAAAUAGAAUGAUAUCGGCAGGUUUUAAAUCAUCGACUGUGUUGGAGAUUCUAGAGAAGAACUAUAAGACUUAUUUGGCUAUGAAUAAUGAAAUGGUGGAUGACACUCAAGGUUCUAUGCUUGAAGUGGUCAAGGAGAAAAUUGCAACUGUAUUGAAGGAAACAGGGUUAGCUGAUAAGAGAGCUGGGAAGUGUGAUCAAACAGAUUUUUUGAAAUUAUUAUACGCCUUCCAUCAAGUUGGAAUUCAUUUCUCCUAA